AUAGAGCCUAAGUCAGAGUUUAUAUCUUGUAGUGGGAUGUUUUCAGUAUAAAUUAAGGCUCAGUUGAAAGAAAGUUUCAUUCUACUCUCAAAAUUGAAGUCUUUGGUUUUGGAUACUGAAGAAAGUUACAAGAUAUGAAGCUCAGUAGUUCUCUACUUCUUCUAGCACUUUUAUGUGCAUCCCUUUUUCUUGCUUCAACUUUAGCAGCUGAUGAGAAAUCUCAAAAUGAGAAAAAAGCAGCAAAUGAAGGCCAAUCAACUGUUCAAUUAGAUGCCGCAAAACAAGGCCAAGGCGGCUAUGGAGGCGGAGGUCAUGGCGGCUAUGGAGGCGGUGGUCAUGGAGGUGGUGGUCAUGGAGGCGGCGGCUAUGGAGGUGGCGGUCAUGGAGGCGGUGGUCAUGGAGGCGGUGGCUAUGGCGGUAGUGGCCAUGGCGGAGGAUGCAGAUACGGGUGCUGCGGCGGAUAUGGGAGAGGAGGAGGCUGCAGGUGUUGCUCUACUGCUCAAGAAGCUCUGGCCUACAUGCAAAAAGAAGCCAAUCGCCCAUAAAUGAAGAACCUAAACAACUUAAUUCUAAGUGCUUUUGUAAUAAGUCCAAAUAAAACUACGUACGUUUCUUGAUUUCUAGCUUUUAGCGUAAUGCAGUUGCAUGCAUGUGUACUGGAAAUGAUAUAGUAGCAAAUAUGCAAUAAGUAUCAGUAUUUUAUUCUCUCCA